UCUCUCUACAAGAGCACUUGACCUUUUGACCAAUGGAAGACACCCGUCAUGCGAUCCGCCAAGGGCGCGUCUUGGCGGAUGAAGGGCUCUAUGAGCACGCGAUGGAGACGUGGAAGGCGGCGCUGAGCGGUGCGUACGCUUUGCAAGACUAUGCAGGGAUGUUUGUACUUUCCGGGAACAUCGGCGAGGCCUGUGUGCGGAUUGCAAUGCAAUCAAAGGAGAGCUCCAGAGCUUCGAAGCUGCUGCACGAGGCCGUGGAAAAUCUGGACUACGCGCUGCAGAUUGUGGAGCAGUGUUCGCUCCGGGAUGUUCUUGGUGGUUAUCGAGUGCUGUAUCAGGGUGUGAGGCGCGCAGAGAUGUUGAAAGUGAAAGCGCAGAAGUUGAUCAACAAACUGCAGGUGGUUGAGGAGGAGGUUGAGGCGAAGAGGGAGGUAUUGCCAUGUACGACGUGUGGAGGGGUGGGAGAGGAGAUUGUGCUGGACGAGAAUGAUGGUUGUUACUACUGCAAGAGGUGCUAUGAUGAGUACUAUGCUGCUAAAGACGACGUUUCGGCUCCAGUAGACUUGGCUAUUGGCAAGGAGAAGAAGGUUGAUACAUGUGGCCUGGAUGUAGAUGACAGAGCCACCGACACUCAGUGGGCAGCUCAGCUUGAUUAUCAAGACAGUGGCAAUGAUGCGAUGCCUACGGAUGAACAAGUUGAAGCAAUUGAAGUUGCCCCAAUUCGCAAGGAUAAACAGAUAGAUGAGGUUGCUAAAGAGACGAGCGAGGAAAUAACGCAAAGGGUUAUCGAGGGGAAUAAUGCUGAGAAGUUGACGCAAGAUCGAGUUCGAUAUGAGCGUGUGGAACUGGGAUCGCUAGCAGAUUUCCUGGCAGGAAAGCUCCACUUGGAGAAUGAACCGCAGCAGCUCGAGACCCAACGGAACAGUGGUUCGAAAGACGCAGGAGUGUUUUCGACGAAAGCGACAGAUGGAUGUGGACAAGAAGAGGUUAGCGAGGAACCUGUUGCCAACACCAAGGAUCAGAGCGAUGGAACAGCAAAUCCAGCUGAAUUGGAUGAGGAUGGAGCAUGCGUAGAAGAAGCACCGGCUCUGAGUGAAACUGAAGAUACAGCAGAAAAUAUCCCUGACAAGCUUGAGUACUCGAUAGCCCAACUACUAGAAAUCCGGAAGAUUUCGCCCAGUGACUGUCCGGAGACUCUUCUGGUAUCACCCGUGCGCGACGACGGCACAGCUUCGACUCCGGCUCGUAAUAAGCCCAACAACUCGCGAAAGAAGUCGAACGCGAAGAAGACUUCGAGUGACCUCACAUAGGGAGAGCAACGCGGACCCCAGCCACUGUAGCCAAGCUGCAACAUCAGAGAAGCCAACCAUCUCACCACUACCGACGUUGGAGCUGUGCGCUGCGAUGCGCAAGGGCCUGCAGGAGCACCAAGAGCGCCAGGCAGACAGCGGUGCCAUUUGCGACAACUCGAUGGCUCCUGGCUCAACCGAGGUUCUCAUGACGGCGGCGGCGCUGCUAAACGGACCCGACAAUGGCGUUAGUGUCCCAUAGUAGCAGAAUGAGGGGAGCCUUGCUGUGAAAGGCUGAAGUAUCUUCGAUCUCGUCAAUCACGAUUCCGUAAUCACUGCGAUCACGGUUGUAAUUAAUUUGGAGGCUUAAUUAAUGCGGUGCUGUGAUUGGCCAAUCAGUGUCGGCUACAAAAAAUUGACGUCAUCCUUCAGAACAAUCUGCAAACUAUUCGAUAUCACAGUC